AUGCUGAUUUCACAGGGAAAUCCAUGCGCCUCAGGGUCAUCACAUGAACGACGUGAAAUGCCGAAUACACUGCCAGGCGCUUUGCAUCCUAGCAAUCGGAAUGCCAUAGAUUGGAACUCAAAAGGCGCUAUCGCCUAUGGAUCACAUAGCUUGCUGUUUGUAGUGGAUGCUUUCACUUUUAAACGCGUCCAAACCAUUGACCUGCACAGCACUGCCAUUGAUCACGUGUGCUGGUCACCUCCAUUCUCGAUCAUUGAACAAACGAGAGCCGAUGACCAUCGAAUUGCAUCUUCGGACAUUAGUGGCCAGAUUAUAAUUUCGGAACCCAUUAGCGCUUCAAAAAGAUGCCAGUUUUCUCAUGCUACCUCAAAUGUUCUCAAUAUGAAAUGGUUCGUUUGGAAGGAUAUGAGCCGAGAUUUUCUAUUGUCAUUGCACUCCGGUGAUUGUCUCAUCCUUUGGAACACAGAGAAUGGGGAAAAAAUGUGGUCGGUGACCUACACAACCCCUCUGUUCGAUAUGGCCAUUGACCCUUUCAAUACUCGCCAUGUUGCUUUUUCGUCACUGGGAUGCAGUGUAAUGUUGUGUGCUGACGUUAACCUCAACAACGUGCCCUCAAAUUCCUGCCGGACGGUUACUUUGUGUGAUGACCAAGUAAAAUCAGCGUCCAGUGUCCAAAGCAUUUGUUACCACAAGGCUUAUCGCAGCCUUUUAUUUGCCGCCAGCCAUGGACAAGUACACUGCUUACACACAGAGCUAUUUGCAAUACUCUUUACUACAAAUAUGGAACCCAAUCUCAUAUCCUUGCUGUGCUGUUCCACUCGUGAUGCGCUUUUCUCCGUUCAUGCCAACGGUAGUGUUUCGUUGAGGGUCGGCGCGUUCUCAUCGAAUGAUGAGAGAGCUGAUGCACAGUUGGGUUUAGAAAAAGUAACCUCUGCCGAUUUCCAACGGCAAGGCUCACAGCAAAGAGCUGUGGGUGCAGCGCUCUGUCCAGUAACUCAGAAUUCUAUAGUAGUCCUGUUCAGCAGCGGAAGGCUCGUCCUUUGGCAAUUGACCUCUGAAGAGUCGAACGUGCUUGAAUAUCGAGGAUCCUACAUCGAUGACAAUCUAGCAUUCACCAGAACUCUUAACACAACCCCAAUAGGAAGGCUUUGUAUCCAGCAAACGGGCUUUCUAGAUGCGUUGUCAUCGGGAGUGUCGUGCUUGCGAAUGCGACCAAUAGAUGACUUGGGGAAGGAAGGAGACGAUUCUAUGGAUAAAGCAUCGUUCGGAUCGGCGCAUCUCGUGGCUGUAGGGUCACAUUCUGGCGUUCUGCAUAUUGUCGAUGUCUUUAGUUGUGACGUAGUCCGUGAAUUUACCGUGCAGUCGUCUCCAAUAAAAUCUCUAGAAUGGGGAGGCACUUACAUUGUACUCACAGCCGGUUACAAUCAUUCGUUAAGUACUGCUCAAGUUGUAAGAAAUGACAUUUUCGCCACGGAUAUCAGAACAGGCAGGCUUUUUGUCAAAUGUGAUGAAACAUGCGUGAAACGCCGAAUACGUCCAGAGGCUGACGAGUCUCCUGUCACACUUUUGCGAGUUUCAUUUUAUCAGUGCUACUUAGCUUUAGCUUUUCAACGUGAACCUCUGGAAAUCUGGGAUCUCAAAGGGUUUCGGCUUCUGCGAAGGAUGAGCAAAACAUGUCCUUUGAUUGUGGAUAUGGCGUGGUCAUGCAAACAUCAUGGCAUAAAGACAAUCGAAGAUGGCGGAUUGAGCGUAUACCGAGAAAAUCUUGUAGUGCUGGAUUCGGAUAAUCGUCUGUAUCAUGUCGUGGUCAAAGGGCUUCAUGUGAAAGACGGCAAAGAGGUGAACACCCAGUGGAAGAGCGGUGGUUGGUCGAUACGAACAAUGGCAUGGAAAGAUGAUAUGCUGGCGAUGGGAGAUGCCGAAGGUCGAGUAGUAAUAUGGGAUCUUGGCCGUCGCCAGUCUCGUCACGUUCGCGCAUCUCGGUUUCCUGUAGUCCGGAUGACAUUUUCUCGCCUAGCUGGAGACCACACACUCGCUGUUCUGCAUCAACGGGAGUUGUCGCUGUGGGACACGGAGGCUUUGACGCGACAGCACCAGGUAACAUUGGAUUCAACGCGAUCUGCCUUGGACAUGGACUUGUGUGGAGUGUCGCCAUUGCUUCUUACGAAUGACAAUGUAUUGCGCUACGCUCCCGGCUCUGCGAAGAACUCGCCAAUGCUGGAGAAAGACAUUCCAUUGUUGUUGAACUCUAAGAAAGUUGCUCAUCUCAAAAACGAAUUUGACCUUUCGGCGAGUGAGAACGAAGCGCUCUCCCAAGUUGUGCAGAGAAAGGUCUCUUCAGUCUCUACAGCAGGAUCAGGAGAUGUGGUAGAUCUGUCAGGCUUGAAGAAUCAAAUGCUGUGGAGCCGGUUCGUUGGCGAUGUCGCCGUAUACAAUCUGCUCGCUAUCUCGUGCUCAUCGCUCUCGACGGAUGAUGAGCUGCAGCUUCCACCAGAUUUGCAGAUAUUUUGGCCUAGCUCCUCUUUCCGGGAACGAGAAUUACGUGUGACAUGUGCUGCAUGUGGGGCUGCGAAUGUUGAAGAAAGCCGAUUGGUAGAAAGGGCUGUGGUGGCUGGCGGAAAGGCGAAGGAGCGAGCUGUAGAUCGCUUGAUUGGUUCCACUGAUUUACGCCAUGCUAGCAUGAAAGCUGCCCUUUUGGUUUCUAGUCAGGAAUGUGAACAAGCUCGAUCACUGAUUAAAUUGAUUGCUACAAAUCUUAUUGCCUCCGAUAUGAUUGAAGAUGGUGUCGAGUUGCUGUUCCUAGUGAAAGCUGGAGGUGAUGCUUGCAAAUAUCUCCAGUCACAACGGCAGUGGAAUAAGAGUAUUAUAUAUGCCAAAAUGGGUUUAGAAGAUUCGGAAGAUGUGCUCAGCAAAUGGAUAACUCAUUUAUCUUUCGACCAAAAAAACCCAAUUUAUGUACGCUCAAGCAGUCAGCGUGAAUGGCCGGACGUGGUGGAAUUACUCUCAAGUGUUGGCCAUUCUCAUUUGGCUCGACUCAUCCUUAGAACCUCAACAUCCUCACCGCCUUCAAGCUCCCGUGGUGCCAAUUCUCCCAUGUUAAACUCACAUUUCAAGUGCCGAUAA